UGAGUGUGUGUGCAUUUUCGCUUCCUCAUUUUCGCCGUGUGUACCGUGAAAAAGGCGAUUGAAAAAGCAUUUUGCAAGAAUCUGUGGAAGAAGAAUUAGCGGCCCCGGUGUACCAGCAAACGGCAAAAACGCACAUCGAAGACUAGUGCAGUGAGGCGUGAUUUACGCGAGAUAUAUCCAAGAAUCGCUAACAGCGCAUAGACGACGAAGGAAUAAAACAUGGCUGCCAGCACGAGCGGUGAUAAAGCUGCGGAUGAUUCACUCUAUCCAAUCGCGGUUUUAAUCGAUGAACUGAAGAAUGAGGAUAUUCAGCUACGACUGAACUCGAUCAAAAAGCUGUCGACGAUUGCACUGGCCCUUGGAGAGGAGCGCACCCGCAACGAACUCAUUCCCUUCCUGACCGAGUCCAUCUACGACGAGGAUGAGGUGCUGCUGGCGCUGGCCGAACAGCUCGGCAACUUUAUUCCGCUGGUCGGCGGACCGGAGUACGCGAUGUACCUCAUUCCGCCACUGGAAUCGUUGGCCACAGUCGAGGAGACGGUGGUGCGCGAGAAAGCCGUCGAAUCGCUGCGUACCGUCGCCGGGCAGCACAGUGCCCAGGAUCUCGAGGUGCACCUCGUACCGACGCUGCAGCGUCUGGUUUCCGGCGAUUGGUUCACUUCCCGCACGUCCGCCUGCGGACUCUUCUCCGUGUGCUAUCCACGCGUGUCGGCCGCCGUAAAGGCCGAGCUUCGCAGCAACUUCCGCACGCUCUGUCAGGAUGAGACACCCAUGGUACGACGGGCUGCUGCCGGCAAGCUCGGCGAGUUCGCGAAGGUCGUCGAGGUGGAGUACCUCAAGUCCGAUCUGAUCCCGAUGUUCGUGCAGAUGGCCCAGGAUGAGCAGGAUUCGGUACGACUGUUAGCCGUCGAGGCUUGCGUCAGCAUUGCGCAGCUGCUACCUCAGGACGAAGUGGAAGUGAAUGUUAUGCCAACGCUGCGUCAGUGCGUCAAUGAUAAUUCGUGGCGCGUACGAUACAUGGUCGCGGAGAAGCUGACUGAUCUGCAGAAGGCUGUCGGUCCAGAGAUCACCAAGGUUGAUCUUGUGUCGGCCUUCCAGUUUCUGCUAAAGGACAGCGAAGCCGAAGUGCGUGCAUCGGCGGCCACCAAGGUGACAGAAUUCUGUCUCAACCUGGACAAGACAGCCCAAGAGCAGAUCAUUAUGACUUCGAUUCUGCCGUGCGUAAAGGAGCUGGUUGCCGACUCAAACCAGCAUGUAAAGUCGGCUCUGGCGUCGGUCAUUAUGCGCCUGAGUCCGAUCCUGGGUCGCAACAAUACGAUCGAGCAUUUGUUGCCACUGUUCUUGGUGCAGCUGAAGGAUGAGUGGCCCGAGGUGCGCCUCAACAUCAUCUCCACGCUCGACUGCAUCAACGAUGUGAUCGGCAUUCAGCAGCUCUCCCAGUCGCUGCUCCCGGCCAUCGUGGAGCUGGCGGAGGAUAGCAAGUGGCGUGUCCGGUUGGCCAUCAUUGAGUACAUGCCGCUGUUGGCCGGUCAGCUGGGGCAGGAGUUUUUCAACCAGAAGCUGCGCGAUCUGUGCUUCAACUGGUUGAACGAUCAUGUGUACGCGAUCCGUGAGGCGGCCACACUGAACAUGAAGAAAAUCGUGCAAACAUUCGGCACCCAGUGGGCCGAGACGAACAUCAUUAAUCAGAUUUUGGUCAUGUACAAAAACAGCAACUAUCUACACCGAAUGACGUGUCUGUUCUGCAUUAACGCGCUUGCCGAUGUCUGCGAUGCCGAUAUUAUCGAACGGCUGUUCCUGCCGACCAUCAAAGUAUUAUCGACCGAUCCGGUGGCAAACGUGCGAUUCAACGUGGCGAAAACACUACAAAAACUGUCGCCAUUCCUUGACCAGGCGGCCAUCGACGAACACGUAAAGCCGAUCCUGGAGAAGCUCAACACCGACACGGACGUGGACGUAAAGUACUUUGCAUCGGAAGCGAUGGUUGGCAUUGCCGCAGCCUAAAUCUCUAUGUGGUGAUGACCAAGAAGCACAUACACACAUACCAGCGCAUCAUCAACAAGCUGCUACCGCAAAAGGUGAGGAAAAGGGUCGAGCGAAGCGGCAAGAAUACAUUUGUUCAGCACGCAUGUUCGUGGAAUAUAAAUCGAAAACAGGACUAAUUGAAGACGUUGCUAGUUUAAGAGUUCAUCAAUUCCUUGUCCUUUUUAAAAAAAAUAGGCGGACGCACCUUGAAACAUCAUUUUUCACAAAAAAAAAAACACUACAAUGCCUACUUCGCAAGCACGCGGAUGAACUGAACUCCGUUUUUCUCUGGUGAGAUGAUGUGUGUAAUUGGCCGAACCGAGCAGCAACCGUUCUCGUUCGUGCAUGCGUUGCCAAUGCUGUUGUUCUGUUGAUUAGAACCAGUCACGCAUUCGGUGAAGCAGCGAUUCGAAUUAGAAAACGUUCAAUUAUUUUUUUUACUUUAAACCGUCACUAGCAAGCCAAGUAGGCAGCUUCAAGCUGAAAUGUUAAAACAUGGCGGGACAUGCAUACUGAGGAGAGAACGAAGAAUGUUUUGAGUGUAUCUGGUUUCCUUUGUGAUUCUCAUCAGCAGUCCCUUUGACCCACUCACCCUUAUUUGUGUUUUUUGUGAAAUGAGCCAUUUUUGAUAGUGAGCGCAAGAGAGAAAGAGUGAACAAAUAAUAACCGUCUAGAUCAUCGUCUCCGGUGUUUAAAAAAAGAAAGGGACUUUCGAUUUUGCAUACAUAGGAUACGGAACUAAGACACUACCGGGACAACUGGUGACUGCUACUAGAAGUGUAGAAGCGUAGAAGCGUACUGUUACAGCGGUUCACCAUCAUCAACAUUGCCAAGGUGGACAAACGGCAAAAUCUAAUUGCAUUCAUUAACUUACACUUCAAUGACCGAUCUGCCGAAUCGAAACCGUUCACUACGUUGGCCGGGUUGUUGUUCUGCGGGCUUCUUGUUCUUGUAAUUUUCCUAAUCUUUUUCCUUUCUAAAAAUCUUUAGUUUAACCUAUUCAUAAAAAUAAAUAUAAAUAACAUAUAUGUAUACAUAUGUAUAAUGAAAA